AUGAGUACCAUGUUUCAACCUGCACCUAGAAACCUCUUUGGCUCCCCUAUCGAACCUUCCCCGAGGGCAAGAUCAAUGGCGAUUCUCCCCCAGAACACGCCCACCAACAUCAACACGUCUCCCAAGUCCUCUCAGGACGAUCACAUGCAAAUCACCUCGCCCGCUGCUCCAAACAUGGGCCCUCCAGGAGGUCAAGGUGGCACGAGUCCAGACGGUGAUCCCGCCAACAUGGCCAAUGGCAACCGAGAUUCAAGCUCAAUGGGCAUGGGCGUUGGCUCCGCUGGAGCCGUGGGUGCUUCCCAAGGGCCAAAAGUCGUGCAGACAGCAUUUAUCCACAAAUUAUACAGCAUGUUGGAAGACCGGUCAAUUCAGCACCUAAUCUCAUGGAGCAACACGAAUGAGAGCUUCGUCAUGUCCCCUUCCAACGAGUUUUCUAAGGUCCUAGCACAAUACUUUAAGCAUACAAACAUUUCCUCCUUCGUGCGGCAGCUGAAUAUGUACGGAUUCCACAAAGUGAGUGAUGUCUUCCACACUGGCUCACCCGAGUCCGCUCUGUGGGAAUUUAAACACGGGAACGGCAACUUCAAAAAGGGUGACCUGAUUGGGUUGCGGGAGAUCAAACGUCGCGCUUCGCGGCACACUCUCAUACACAGGGAUUCCUUCUCCAAUGCCAAACCAGGUGUUUCACAACCUGGCACGCCGGCCGAGGUCAUGCCAGACACCGAUCAGCGGCUGGCGGGAUUGGAGCAGGCCUUCUACGACGUCCACGCCCGACUACAAAGGACCGAAGACAGUUACGCGAUGAUGAGUUCGAAAUGUCAAGCCCUGACCGAAGGCUUGGUACGCUGCCACCAAUGGCUACACAAUUUUACCACCGCAUUCCAGAGCGUGUCUUCACCUGAAAAUGCCUUGUACAGCGAUAUCACGAGCAUGCAAAAAGAAAUCGCUCGACAACUUGAAUUCGUUCGCGCGCUUGAGACGCCUACAGAUCCUGUGCCAAACGGCAGGCCCUCCUUUUAUCCUGGCAGCUCCGCCCUAGAGCCUCCUCUUUCACCACGGGGCUACAAUUAUCCUGAUAGCCGGCGGUCUUCGAUUCAAAUUGAACCACAGCAUGUCGGCUUACGACCUCCGGUGCCACCGAUUCCUCCUCAAUUCUCUUCAUCCCCACGAAGAUUUGGUUCCGUCAGUAUUCCCCAGGCGUCACCCGGCUUCAGUCGCCCCGCCCUCCCACCUCAACCGCCGCCCAGUGUGCAUCCACUUGCUUCGGUGACAACCCCGCCUCCACUAAAUCUGGCGCGGAGACACACCUCCGCCGAUAUCCGCGAACAUGGCUGGCCUCCGAACAAUAAUCCCAACGGAUCGCCUUAUGCCUCUGGCCAUUCAUCUGUGCACUGGCAGCCAUCAUCACCACAGCAGGCUCCACAGACUGGAGACCAGCAAAUCCGGGAUCAACUUGCGCAGUAUGAUAUCAAUGGUCCUCGCCGACAGAUGACGGCGAACCAACCCACGCCGCCACUGACCUCCGAAGCUCCUCCCGCCGGCCUUGGGGUGGAAAAUGUUUCUUGGGCCGCAGGAGGAACCAAAUUUCCUCGGCCUAAUUUUGAACUUCAUUCGGCCCCUGCGACCCGUCGCGGCAGCAUGGCCACACUGCAUUCUUUGCUGAAUCCCGCAGAAACGGUGGAACAGGAAAAUGAAGAUGAAGGUCCUCUGGAGGACCGCAAACGCAAACGACUGCAAUGA